UGGAAACGAAACUUCGUCAGCUAAGUUAUAUGUAGUUGCGCACUUACACAGUAGUGAGGUAUUGUCGUUCACUCACAAGCAGACGGUAGUGCAAGCUGCAUUACAUUCACACACACAGCAGCGAAGUGUAUAAUCAAAAUUUUGAGCAACGUUAAGUCAGCAGCGCUAUUGCUGUCUUGUCCUCUCACAAGCAUUCGGUAGUGUAGAGAAAACAAAUAAAAAGUUACCAAAAACGAAGAGAGUGAUCAAAACAAACGAUGGAAGAUUUGCGAAAAUUAAAAGUGAAUCAACUCCGGAAAAAAUGCAAGGACGUAGAUAUUUCGUGCGCUGGAAAUAAAGCAGAACUAAUAAAUAGACUGGAAUUGUUUUAUAGCGAAGAGCAUUUUGAAAGUGCCAGUGAACAUACAAUGCUAGUGCAACGAAUCGCGGAUCUAGAGAAAACUAUUCACGAAUUGCAAACGCGCAGUCGCGACGAGUGUAAAGACAAUGGUAAUAAUUUUGUACCGCAGCGGAUAUCGUCGCCAGUAGAGGCUUCCGUGCCUCCAUCUGUUGCAGUUCCAGCAAGCACAGUUUCAUAUCAAGUGCCUUGGGCACAAAAUUUGAAUAGUGUGACGCAGGCUCCAUAUGGCCAAAUAUGUUGGUCCCAUCCACCACAAAAUGUGUACACACAAACGCAAAAUACAUAUACUCCGCAUUUAGACAAUGUACCACGCGUAGUGCCUCCGUAUACGACAGCUCCAUUUGCGGUGCCACCAGAGCAACCCAUUUCGUUAAUUUCAAAUCCGUUUUGCAAAGCCCGCGACGUAGCAGAGUUAUUGCCUGAAUUUAAUCCGGUAUCGAAAACUUCACUGAAUUCAGUUCAAUAUAUUAAGCGAGUUGAAACGUUAAAAGAUGCUUAUUGCUGGAACGAAAAGAUUUUAAUUUUUGCUGUACAACAAAAGAUGCGGGGUCCCGCCAAGUACUGGGUGGACUCUUUACAAGAAGUGUUCGGUACGUGGCAACAGUUUGCUAAACGUUUUAUAGAUGAUUUUCCAUGUAUGGUAAAUAGUGCGGAUGUACAUAUUGAAAUGUCGCGAAUGAAAAGACAAAACAACGAAUCGCCACAAGAAUUUUUCUUUAAAAUGCAAGCGCUAGGUACGAAAGCAUGUAUGCCAGAAAAUGCUAUAGUUCGACAUGUUAUAAACGGUAUAAACGAUCCCGAUCUGAAAAAGAAAAUCUCAAACGACUAUGUACAAUGCACAGACCUACUGCGUGACAUAAAUGAAUAUUGUGUAUAUAAUGAUAUAAAACCGGUAAUGAAUACAAAUAUAAAACCAACUGUGAAUUUGAAUAAGACCAAGCUUCCACAAUUGCAAGGUGGAAACAGCGGUGUGCGUAAUGAACAAAAAGGGCUCGAUAACGUUAAAUGCUAUAACUGUUUGAAGUUUGGUCACUUCUCUAAAAAUUGCCCGGAGCCACAAAAGAAAGUGCGGUGUGGCAAGUGUAAUCGAACGAAUCACACUACAGAAAAGUGUACCGAAAAUCAAAAAGCCAAGGUCAAUGUAAUCAGAAAUAGUGACGGUAUCGUGAAAAAUGUAAACGUGAAUGGUCAGAUUACAAGUGCUUUUAUUGACCCAGGCAGCGGUCGUACACUAAUUCGUAAGUCAUUUGCAGCAAAACUUGGACAAACCAAGCCCAGUACCGUAGUGCUAAAAGGUUUCGGUGGUGGUGAAUUCAUAUGUAAAGAAGAAGUUCACGUUAAGAUUGACAUUGAUAACAUCAAACUACAAAUUUGCGCGUUAGUGGUAGAUGAUGAGUUGAUAAGCGAAAAUAUCUUACUUGGUGAAGAUACUUUAUGCCAAGACGGUAAACGACUAGUGAUUGAAAAUGGUGUUUGUCAAAUAGAGCGAGUAUUUUCGAUAAACGAAGAAUCUCACCUGACCAGUGCGGACCGCGAUAAACUUAAAACUAUUUUAAUACACUUUCAAGACGCGUUUUCAGAAAAAUUAUCUGAUCUCGGGAAGUGCAACGUAGCAAAAAUGAAUAUCGAACUAAAUACGAAUAUACCUGUUAGAAUGAAACCUUAUCGCGUUCCAUUUGCUAAGCGGCCGAUUGUCGCUGGCAUAAUCCGUGAAUUACUUGACAAUGACAUUAUACGACAAUCUGACUCUGCGUACGCGUCACCUAUUGUGCUUGUCGAAAAGAAAAACGGUGAACACCGUCUCUGUGUCGACUACCGUUGUUUAAAUAAAAUAACUACAAAAAUGUCUUUCCCGAUGCCCAUUAUGGAGGAGCAGUUCGCACAACUUGCAGGUAAUUGUUAUUUCACCACCCUUGAUUUAAGAAUGGGGUAUCAUCAAAUCGAGAUAGACGAUGAAUCAAAAAAAAUUUACGGCUUUCGUCACCACUGAUGGACAUUUUGAGUUCAACAGA